GGUUUUCAGAUGGCGAAUAGCACUUAAGCAGGCUCUUGGCACAGGUAAAGUUCAGCCUUAGUAUGGAGCCAGCAACCAACCAUAGUAUUAGGGAAUUAUGACAUAGUGUCCUUGUUCUAAGACCCUGUGGAGGAAAACUUCUUAAGCCUGCAAUAACCUGUCCCUGUUAAGCACUGAGGACUGUGUGGAGAGAGCUACUCUACUGACUAAUGCAGGCAUCAGAACCAGCCUCCUUGAUUCAAAUACCAGGAACAACUCAGCCAGCACAAAGCGAAGCUUCAGGGGCACAAAAAAAAAAAAAAAAAAAUCCCCACUUCAACACGCCCAUCAGCCAGGGGAAAAAAAAAAAGUUGAUCAACAUGAGAAAAGAGGAGAAGAAACCUCAGAACAACACGUCCCUUAAAAACCAGAACCAGGCAGGGAAGGCACCUGAAGGGGAGAAAAGCACCGAUCCAACCAAGCAGCAGGAGCCAGCAAUGAAGAAGAAAGCCAAGGGGGAUCCCAAAACGGGCCAGGAGGAAGAAUCCCACACUUGUUGUGGCUGCCGUUUCCCGCUGCUGGUUGCCUUGUUGCAGCUGGUGUUAGGCAUCUCUAUAACAGUGCUGGGCUUCAUUAUGGCAGGCAUCAGCUCUUCUUUACUAGUCAGAGACACUCCAUAUUGGGCUGGGAUAAUUGUCUGUGUGGUGGCCUUAGUGGGAAUGGUGAUGCUUUGUGUUUCAUAUCAGCCUGAGGAGAAGACAUGUUUCCAGUUUGCCAUAAAGCUGGUGUACUUUCUACUGAGCACCCUGAGUCUGAUUACCUGUGUUCUGGCAGUGGCUUUUGUUGCACAUCAUUAUUCACAGAUUACACAGUUUACCUGUGAUGCCGUCCUUGACUCUUGCCAGUGCAAACUGGACACUUCAGAUCCCCUCAGUAGGACCUUCGUUUACCAGGAUGUAUCUGACUGUACCAGUGUCACUGGCACUUUCAAUCUGUAUCUGCUACUGCAGAUGGUUCUUAAUCUGAUCACAGCCAUUGUGUGUUUGUUGGCAUGCUUUGUGAUGUGGAAACACAGAUACCAAGUCUUUUUUGUGGGCGUUCGGUUACACUCAUUAACUGGUACUGAAAUCCAGCAACAGAAAGUAUAGGGGGGUGGUUUUGGUUUGUUUUGAAGAGUGAAUAACUAAUGUCAGGCUAUUACCACCGUAGAAACCGCAAAUAGAUGAUUGUUUAAAGAUUUUUGACAAAGACAACCAUUCACACAUUUUUAAUGAAUAUAUUUAUAUUUUUCAGUCAUUUGAAGAGCAAUUUUUAUGGCCACUAUUGUCAAGGGCCCUUGUGGGAAGAGCUAGAUGUAUCACAAAAAUUCUAAAGAUGUGGCUGUACAAAUAGUCGCCAAAGAGCAUCUUUAAUAGGCAUAGACAAAAGCAGUUUUGAUAAUUACUGGGAUUCCUCUGCUGAGCUAUAUAUGGUAACAAACAAUGGGCCAGAUUCUUGGUUGGUGUCAAUCUGUUUGUUCCAUUGAUUUCAGUGGAGCUAUGCUGAGGAUCUGGUCCAGACUGUUUAAGUGAAAUUAUUCCAGUCAUGCUUAGGGAGUUGUGCUCUUGGAUAUCUCACAUUGUCAUUACUGGGAUUUACUGUAUAUGUGUGAGCAGCGAGGGAAGGUUGAACCCUUCCAAAUGCAAACUAAGACCAGCAACAAAUGAGAAUCUAUUGCUAGUAACAGUAUAAACUCUAGUCAAGGUUUUCAAAAGGGCCUAAUGAGAUCCCUUAAAGGGGCCUGAUUUUCCAGGAGUGGUGCUCAGCACUUUCUGAAAAUCAGACCUAUGUAAGGUCCCUCAAACUGGACACCUAAAACUGAAACUCCCAAAUAGCUAGUGGCUUUUGGAAAGCCUGUAUCAACAUGAUUGUAAUAGCACUGCAUACAAAAAGGAUGUUUACCCAGUUACUCCCGUUCUACUUUCCUCCAAGUGCAGCAGGCCAAAUGCCUUCUUGGCGUACUUCCUGUGAAGACAAUAGAGUUGCACCAGGGAUGGAUUUGGCCCCAAAACUCUGAAAGAUAUAUCACUGCAUAAAUAAAAAGUCGCCCCCCCCCCCCCACCGAGAAGGUAUUGCCAGUGUCCUAAGAACAUAAUCUGAGUACAAGAGCACAAUGAUUUCCUAAUGAGUGGUGGUGAAGAUAAUCAAUCAUUCAUUGCAAACUGCAUUUGAAUAGUGGUUUGUAUCCCAACGGUUAGGAUCCAAAAGUGCUUUACGGCUUAUGGGCCUGAUUCUCUACUGAUUUACUCCUUGUACAGUCAUUUGUGCCUCUGUAAAGUGGAUACAAAACUUCUGUGAGUGAACAAAGACUUCUGAUUUGGUAGUACUUUGCGCACAUUCAUUUGCACAGAUGCACAAAGGGCAAGAGCCAAGGCAGUGGAGAAUCUUGCCCUGUAUAUCUAGAGAUCCCGCAUCCCGCCUGAAGUGACUCCACCGUUUGGGUGCAAUAAAACCACCAUUGUGUAUCACCAAAACUGUACAACAGCUUCUGUAGGAAGGGGAGGGAGAAUAACUUAAGAGGUAGCAUUUUCAAAAGUGCCUACAUGACUUAUGUGCUUCAGUCCCAAUUUCAAAAGUGAUUUAGGCACUUAGGAGCAUAAGUUCCCUUGACUUGCAAUGACACUUAAGCUUCCUAGGUGCUUAUGUCACUUUUGAAAAUGUGACUAAGGCUCCUAAGUCACAUAGGCUGAGACCUGCAAAGAUAUUUGGACACCUACCUCCCAUUGAACUCAGUGGGAAUUAAGUGCCUAAAUGCCUUUGGGCAUCUGGGUCUUAACCACUUAUGAAAAAUGUUAACCCCCAAAGUGUAAUUUUUUUGAGACCAGUCUCAACCUGGCCUCCUUUUUUGUGCCCACAAACCUGCAGGCACAAGUACUUGUGGGUACAAUUUUGCAUCAGCCUUAACUGUGCAAGUAAACUGGUGCACUCUAAGCAGCAAAUCUGACUCCAAAAUGGUCUUCAAAUAAAGCUGAGGUAAUGCCAACCUUGGGAAGAAGCCAGGUGCAGUGGAAUUCAAUCAAAAGGAUUGAUUUGGGGCCCACCACCACCACCAUUUGGGGACCGAUUCACCUCUCCUUGAUGUUAGUGGAAAGUAUCUUACUGAUGUCAGUGGGAGUUGCUUGAUCCUAACAUCUGAAUAGCCAUUGCAUGUGACCCCAUGGAAUAUUUAGCAUCCCAAAGGAGACACGUAUGGGAAGUAACUUUUCCUCCUUUCCAGUACAGUUCAGAGACAGAAAAGAGGGCAGGGUUCACCCCUCAAAAUGGAGGACCCCUGGAGAUCCAGAGGAUGGGGCCCCAUAGCAGUCCUGAUAGCUUGCUCUCAGGGCUGCUCCGUUUCAGCUGUGGGGUAACAUUUUUCAAAGUGUCUAAGAAGCCCCAUUUUCAAAAAGGACUUAGGCACUCAGGAAUCUCAGUCUUGUUCAUUUGGGCACUUUUGAAAAUGCUACUUACAAUUUUUGGUGGGAAAUACAACCAUUUUACUCCCAUUGUUCAAAGGAUGCCUUUAUCCAGGCUGGUGUCUUACCAAACAUCCAGGGGAUUUUUACUGGCCAGGGAAGAAGUAGUGGGGGUGAGAAUAACUGAAUUAUUUUAGUUUUGUGAACAGGGUUUUGUUACCCUGUUUUAAAGGGGAUAGCUCAAAGAGUGAGGGCUGCUACCACUAAAGCCGGCACCCUUUGGUAUCUCUAGCACUCUCAGUGGCAAGGCCAAGGACUGCAUAGACAUGGAGCCUGACCAACCCUCUCACUCCACACAAGGCUGAGUGGCAGGGCAGGAUGGGAAGCUUGAUCUGCUGCUGCUGUGCCAUAUUUCCACUAUGGCUAAAUGGUCAUUCUCCAGCUCUGUCAGUUUUAAUCCUUUGACCUUCAUCCUAAUCCCUUGUUUUCAUUUUUUGUUCACUGCAAUCUGUUAGGUCCUGCACCCUCUGCCUCCUCUCUCAUGUGAAGGGGCGGGAGGCGACCUGCUGCAUAGAGGGCUCCAGCCACAAUCCAAUGAUUUAAAUAGGUUGGCACCACUGGCGUAUUAACAAACUUGCCACCCCUAGGCCCACAAAAAAUUGCCGCACCCUCCCCCCCCGCCCGCGUGCCAGCUCACCUUCGCUCUCUCGCAGCAAGCCUGGGAGGGAGGGGGGAGAAGGGGAGUUGCGGCAUGCUCGGGGGAUGGCAGCGGUGGAGCAGAGGUGAGCUGGGCGGGAAGCGGUUCAUGCGCCCCCCCCGGGUUACUCCCCGUGCCCACGGGCCCCAGCUCACCUCUGUUCUGCCUCCUCCGAUCGCACCGCUACUUGCUUCUCCCUCCCUCCCAGCACUUUCGCACGGCAAGCCUGGGAGGAAGGAGGGAAGUGCGGCGUGCCUGGGGGAGAAGGCAGGCCAGGGAUUUGGGGAAGGGGCAGAGUUGGGGAGGGGGCUUGAGCAAAUUUGCCGCCCCUGCAAAUUUGCUGCCCUAGGCCUAGGCCUUGUUGGCCUAGGCAAUAAUACGCUGCUGGAUGGCACCCUUCAGCACCUCUGAAUCCAUCAGAACGAUGAGGGACAACACACAUUUGCUGUGAAAGAUCUGAGGGUAGCUACAGAAAAUACAAUGAAUGUAUUGGAAAAAAAUGCCAGUUCCCUAGAACUCUGUGUAUUCUAAUAGCAGCCCACCUAUAUUUUUAAACUACAUGGUAGAAUUCAGUAUAUUAAACAGUGCAUUGUAGUUUAACCCUUUGCUCUUAAAGGGGAAAAACCCCAAUAUUGAUCAUAUAUAUUAUUAAAAUAUUUACUGCUUAAUAGGUAUUUCGAACUAGCAAAUUCUAUCUAUCUAUCAUACAUCCAGAACAUAGAGGUCAUACCAGGAAACAGCCACAGGAGCUAUUUUGAACCAGAUGUCUCCUGGCCGUAGUUUUACAAUAUGCAUUUUGUUCCAAACAUGAAAUCCUGAGAACUUUGAUAGAACAAAACUAAAAAGUUCUUUAUCUAGAGUCUUCAGACAGUGGCAGAUCCUGCUCCAGUGAAAGUGAAUAGAAAGCAAAAAUUCACCUGGACUUCAGUGGGAGUAGGAUUGGGACCUAAAGCUCUUGCAAACUAUUAAAGAGAUGUGAAGGAAAAAAAAUCAGUCCUGGAAAUGAAUCCUCGGGAAAAGCCCACUAAAACUGGAUAGUGAUUAAACCAAUAUGGUUGCACAGGAAUUGAGAGAGGUUUAUAUAGUCUACUCUCAAAUCUUAGACCUGGUUCUCAUUUAUACGAUCGCCACUUUCCAUUGUUCUGGCAGUAUAAACGGGCCUUAAAGAGAGCAUAAAUUACAUUUGUGCUCACUUUAUGGCCGCUUUAUGCUGCUAAUGGGCCUUUACUCUACAUGAAAAUUUCAUGGAGAAUGAGAUCUUUCUAUAGCCUGUUUCAGACCAUUUUACAGAACUAUGGUGGUGGGGUGUAAUUCUCCAUUGCAUUCUAUUGCCAAGCUUAAGAUCUUCAUUCUCUAUGAAAUUCAGUUGGACUUUUCCAUAAGGCUGGUGCCUGGUUCUUUAAUCCCUUAGUCAUGCAAGCAGGCCCCAGAACACAUGUAAGCAGGGAUGUUGCAUGCAUAACAUAUAAAAAAGCAUCAGCUUUGCUCUGGGUUUGAGGUAUUUUGAUGUUGUAUUAUGCAAAUACUGGAGUUAUAAUAAGGAGAACAAAAAAGGAACUGAGAUGCAUAGCAUAGUACUUAGCAAAAUGUCAGAUUCUAAAACUGACCAUGAACUCAGGCAGUGACUGCUUCUUAUAAGCCAUAAAACGCUGAGAUUUGCACAAUCCUCCUCCACUAGUACUAAAAUGAAACUAGACUUAGGAGGAAGGGGAACUACCACGAUUUGGCUUUACGUGACAGAUGAGGAACACAGCAGCCGAAACAUACAGACAUUGUAAGCAAGCCCACUCUCUGACUGUGCCUUCACGUGAUCACCAUCUGAGCCUUGCCAGCUCCAUCUAGCUCUGUGAGGGCAGCUUCUUGGAGCUUUGCCUAAAACAGAGAGCUACACAAGAGCUCUGAAAACUGUAGUUAAGUACUAGGACUAACUUUUUCACCUACUGUGUCUGCUAAAUUGUAUAAUGUUGCCUUGGGGCUUCUAAAAUCAGAAACCGUUAUGUUUGUGUGUUAGGAGCCGCUAUGCAUAUAUUCUAUAUUUAAGCCCGGGAUGUCAGGUCCCCUUGAAAUUUUCAUACACUCUCUCUCCACACACCCACACAUGCUUAUGUCUGGAAAAUGUUUUUAGAUAUUAGUAAAGUGUGUGGGUAGGGGGGUAUUCAAGGGAGACACUGAGGAACAACAGUAAAGCGCUAUUUAAGCAUGAAGUUUUAAAACCUCCUUAAGGAGACAGAACACUAUUACCAGUAUGUACAUUGUGGCUUUCUAUAAUAAUUAUACUAGAGAGAGAGAGAGAGAGAGUGGACCAGAUCAUCAAUUAGGGUAAAUCAGCAUAACUCUGGUGAACUCAAGAAACUGGCCCUGCAUCUUCCUGUAUCAUAAAUCAUGAGAGAACUCCACGUUUUUACUCUGCUAAUCAAAGAUCUCUGACCGGUUAUAACAGGUUAUAUAUUUAGCUAACUUUUGCUGAGAUUUUUAUAAAGCUGUAUCUGUUACUAAUAUGUGCUUACCUUAGCUUGCUACAGGUGCUAUAGUUAUCUGGAAUUAUUAAUUGUGACGCUUUCUUAUGUCAAGUCUAUAGUUAUUACCAUAGCAAUUUCCCCCCCUGCAAUUCCCAGUGAUCAUUAAUGUUUAUCCACUUGUACAAUUCAAAUCUGUAGUUUGAAAGUUCAGUCUAUAAAAAUAUAAACAAA